GUUAUCAAACUUACCACCAAAAAAGUGGAGGAGUUUCCGAGUAAACUAAACUAUUUGACAUUUUUGGUAAUAAUACUUCACCUACCAACCUACAUUUACUACCGUUCCGUUACUACGUGACCUUCCCAGUUUUUUUGCUAUUGGUGUUAUUACAGAGCCAAUCUUGUAAUUCUGUCCUCCUUACUCCUUAUGAGUGAUAACAGAGAUUGUAAGUAGCAACGUACAAAGUUAGAAGGAAUGGGAUGAGCUCUCAAUAUUGUCUUCAGCAUCAAUCCAAUUAUUUUCUCUGCUGAUUCAAGAUGGCUGAAAAGGUUGUUCCCAAUGAUAAUCAGAAUAACGGAAACAUUCUUCCGAAAAAUACCACACUUUUCAAUCAGGUUGGGGGACAUGAUUUUACAAAUGGCUCCAUAGGCAUCUUGAAGGAGAACUCCGGAUGCAUUCUUAAGCCUAUCAUCAAUGCUAUCAAAGGAAAGAAAGAAAUAGGAUUUUAUGAAAAUUUAUCAGUACGAAAUAAUGCAGUUCACACCGAAUUGAAAAGUUUUGUUCCUAAAUACUUGGGCACUGUAGAUCUGAAGGUGAAUGACAAAGUUGUCACAUUCAUUCGAUUGGAGGACUUAACCGAUGAAUUUUUAAAGCCCUGCGUGAUGGAUGUGAAAAUGGGAGCUCAGACAUGGGAGCCUAACUGUCCAAAGAAUAAACAAAUUGCUGAAGAUGCCAAGUACAUUGAAUCAAAGCGUGAUUUUGGAUUUUGUAUACCUGGGUUCAUAGUGCACAGUCCAACCAGCAAUAGAUGCCUGAAAUUUGGGAAAGAUUUUGGGAGGAAUUUGAAUAAAACAACACUACCUGCAGCGCUAAAAACAUUUCUGAAUGCUGACAACGGUCUGAAUGAAAAUUUGGUUCUUACUUUUCUGAAGAAGCUGGAGCGCAUUAAACGAUGGUUCGAAACCCAAAAGAACUAUGCCUUCUAUUCAAGCUCUAUUUUGCUCGUCUAUGAUGCUGAUGGAUUAACUUCAAAAUCCACGGUUGAUGACUCAAUGGUAAAAGCAGUUAUGAUAGAUUUUGCUCAUGUUGUAGAGGAUACCAACGUUUUAGACUUGAAUUAUUUGAAUGGUCUGAAAAACUUAAUUGAAAUUUUUAGAUCUUUCCUUGCCACAUAAUUUUGUACCAAGAACACAGUUUUGGAACCAUGACAUUGUAAUUGAUGUGAGGUGAUGCUAAUGUUCCUCAUUUUUGUUAUUCUUCUAUCUUACUCUGCCUUUUGUUCAAUUGGCUCUGGCUAUUUACAUGAACAAAGCACAUUUUCUAUGUAAAAAAUAUUGUCUCUUUUAUUGUAGAAGUAUGCUUUUCUUCAGGUUCUGAUCUGCUAUUUGAUGCAAAGUAUAUUUAAGUAUUAUCAAGUGCCUUUCACAUAUGUCAUAUAUGUGCCCGUUUUAUAUGUCUUUAUUAAUUAUUAGCAUACAUUUUUUACCAUAUGAAAGCCACUGAAAGUAUUGGAAACUCUUCAAGUAAUCAGAAAAUGUCCACAAAACUUUUGAUUUCUUAUAAUUACUUAGCUGUAAUGAACAUUACCAAUACUUAAGGAUUUUCUCUAAGGGGUCAAUAGCACAAGACAAAUUGACUUUUUUAAACCAGAAGGAGUUAUUAAAUUGGCGUUUCUCGUUUACUAUUAAAUCGGUGUUCCUUGUUGACCGCUCUACUUAAAUCUAUUGAUCAAAAUUGAACUUAACUACUUAUUCUAAUGAAUGAUCAUGCGAAGUAACUAUUUAGAAAUAUUUUUGAAUACUUUUAUAUUGUCUAGUAGCAUGAACAUGGACCUUUUCUAUUAUAUUUUUUUACAAUUUGUUGAUCGAAAUAAAUUCUAAUAUUUAGCUCAAUCCAUAAUUGUAGGGAGAGCUGUGAUGGUAUUUAAAAAAAAAAAACCUGUCAAAUUUUUAAUUAAAAAGUAGCUAGAUGGGAAGAAGAGUCUCAGAAACUCUCAUAGAAAAUCUACAUAUAAGACUGUAUUGAGGGGUUCAUGCUUAGCAAGGACAGUCCUUAAUGAGGCAAGAUUAGAAGUCAAAAACUGCUGAAAAAAAAACGAAAAAAAUCAUUGCUCACUCUGAUAUUGUUUUGUAAAAUAGUUUUACAAACAGACAUGGUGCUUUUCACUUUUUUUUAUUUUUCAAUCAGUACAUUUGAAUUCCUUUUAAUUAUUUUGUAAGGCAAUAUUCAUGCAUGUAAUAUCGUCUAAGUUGGAACAGGUUAGUAGCACCCAUUUUGGUUUAAAAUUAAUCUUCCAAAAGUUUAGAGUGAACAAAGCUUCUCCAGUUUUUUUUUAACUUUAAGUGGCAAAAGGACCCUGUUUGGAGAAUGCCAAAAAUUGAAUCCGCAUGAAACUAUAUUUUUGACGGACUCUGACCAUGUAGCCAGACGAGGGAAAGGCAUUUACUGAUUGGCUUAACUCAGCUUCAGGUAUGGCCUUGCUACGUCAAAUCGACUGUCGGAUUUUGAUUAGCUUUUUCUCCCCUCAGGAACGAUUUUUUAAAUUUUUAAUAAACUGUCUGGUUUUUUCACAAGAUACUACCUAAGAAAAACUACACUGUAACCCUGCAAAAAAUUCUUGCCAGUACUUCAUUAAGUAAAAUAAGUUUAAAAAGAAAAAACCUGAGUGACCUGAAGCACUUACUAGCUUUAUUUCUGUGGAAAUUUUGCGCCAAUAAUGUUUUACAAGAUUAGAUUUUGGUAGAAGCUAAGUGAACAGCUGCCCAUUUUGGAAAAUGUAUUGUAAAGAAAGGAAAGACUUGGAAGGUAUGAAAGCUCCUUUUUUAUAGAAGAUUCCUGAAGAGUUUUUAGACCUCACCCAAACAGGUUUCAACAAAUUGUAAAAUCUUAGCUUUGUAGAAUCUCAUCAUUGAUAUCAGAUUAAGACAAGGGUCUUAAAAAUUUUCUUUUUUUGUCUAUGAAACAUCUCAUCUUCCUCGAAAAGAUGCAACCAAGAUUUUCAUCCUAUCGAUUGUGUGACGCUAAAAAGACACGUUUUCAAGUUUGCAGCAUUGCAACUCUCCUUUCAGAAAUGGGAGACCAUGCACUCAUUUCUCAAAAAGUUUCUUGAUUUAUUUUCCUGCAUAUUAAGGAGUUCUUGGUUAAAAUUGGAAAAUGCCGAUUUUUUUUUCAAAACAUCAAGUAGGAGAGAAAUUUUGAAACAUUUUUCAUUGCUGUCUGUGCAAAACAUGUUUUAGCGCGUAGUUUCACCAUCAGUAUGUUUGUCUGCUCUCUAUCAUUGUUUACCAUUUGUCCUCCUCCCCCCCCUUUUUCUUAAAUUUGUGAAACAAGUGAUCCUCAAAGGUUGUACAGAAAUAAGUUGUGCCAAUUUUGUUUUUUUUUUUAAUUUUUCAAGUUUUAUAGUUUUAUAAAUGAAUGUAGGUUUAAGGGUCUGAUGUACUCUUUCAAGCUCACCUGAAAAAUGGUAGGAUUAUCAAUAGGUAAUAUUACGGAGGGAAAAGAGCAGUAUUGUUUAUUUUUAUUAUAAUACCGGUGAAGAGUUGUAUUUUUCAAGUUUAUAAGAUAUAAUAUAUAUAUUUUGUCAUGUCUCUUGUAUUUUUAUUACCUAUUUAAUUUUUAUUAUUUAUUGCAAUUAAGUUCAAGUUGUUAAAGUUGUUAUGUUUUUCAAAGUUACUUUCAUUAAUUUCAAAUUCUAUCCAUGCAAUAUUUGUCUUUUUCAAAAAAAUCAUUAUCCUCGGUAUAUUAAUUUAUUUUCUUUAAUUUUCACUCAAUAUCAAAUCAGCAGACUAUUUAUCGCAAUUUUGCCAAACGCUUUGCCUUUUCUGACCUUAGCCAUUGUUCUCAGUGACGCAGCAAAUGAAGUGAUCAUAUGCAUGCCACCUACUUACUUUUAUACUUCCAUCAUAAGUAUUUUCUCUUUUAUUUAUUUGCUCUUCCCACUUACGGAACUUGUUUUUUCUAAACACAAACCUAAUUUUUGACCGAAGUAUUCACUAGCUUUAGAGCUCAUCAAUUUUCUUUGUGCUCGAGAGCAGGGUCUUUUUUUGUUUAUCUGUUUUUUACCAUUGUGAUAUUUACAAUUAGUUUGAAUGGCUCUAAUAAAUUUAUUGAUGGUUAUUAACAAGAAA